CAGUUGACAACUCGUCGCCAGUUGCACCGUACGUCCGACUCAUUAGAGAGUACCGAUGUCAUAAGAACUGCUUAGAAUACAAAACUCGGACAAUUUUGUGAUAAAAAUGAAACACAUUUUGGGAAUUGUUCUGUUAUCGCUAGUGCUAGUUCAGUUUUCCGGUGCGACGUUAUCGCCAUCGAAUGUCAAGGGGAAAGGCAAGAAAGUGAAAGAGCUGAAAGUGAAGCAGGGUCCCCAGGGGACGAGUGUUUUCGAUCGGGGUUUGAUCCAGGAGGAACCAUCCGCCAAGGAUAUCCUGGUGGAGAGUGGUGCGUAUUAUGAGGAGACGGCACUGAAGAAUUUUAAAGGAAAUGUGCUGGGCUAUGUGACACCGUGGAACAACCACGGAUAUGACGUGGCCAAAACUUGGGGAGGCAAACUCAACUACGUCUCGCCCGUGUGGCUGCAGGUGUUAAGGAAGGGCCCGAAGCAGUAUGAGCUGGGUGGUGCUCAUGAUAUCGAUGCAGGUUGGGUGAGGGACGUUAAGAAGGCCGGGGAAGCGAUCAAUAAUAAAGUCGUUCCCCGAGUCUUGUUCGACAAAUUCACCGACAAGGACUUCUCCCAGCUGCUGACGUACAGCGAAGAGCGUACGAUAGCGGCCAAACUGAUCCUGCACAGCGUCCGAAAGUACAAAUUCGAUGGCAUCGUCCUGGAGGUGUGGUCGCAACUGUCCGCUCGGGUCGACGAUGAGUACCUGGUCGGUUUGGUGAAGGAAAUCUGCGAAACCUUAACCGCUGCGAGCUACGAUUGCAUACUGGUGAUUCCGCCAGCCCGGAAGGAAACCUACGAUCUGUUUUCACGGAAACACUUUGAAACUUUGGCUCCCGUGGUGACGGCAUUCUCGCUGAUGACCUACGACUAUUCCAGCGUUCAGCGACCGGGAGCCUGUGCCCCUCUCUAUUGGGUGAAGAAUGCAGUGCAACACAUCUGCCCGGAUAGUGCGGAGAAUGUGAAGGAGAAACGAGCCCAGAUUCUGCUGGGUUUGAAUCUCUAUGGAAGCGAUUACACCCCUAACGGGGGACAACCGAUUGUGAGUCACGAGUAUAUGGGAUUGCUGAAGCAUCUGAAGGGGCAUCUCACGUUCGAUGAGCAUGAUGUGGAAAAUUUCUUCGAAGUGAAAACAUCGAACGGUCGCCAUAUGGUAUUCUACCCAACGUUGUUCUCCAUCAACGAAAGACUGAAGCUGGCCAGGGAGCUGGGAACGGGAAUUUCCCUGUGGGAACUUGGACAAGGAUUAGACUACUUCUACGAUCUCUUCUAGUCAGAUUUCACCAUUCUUAAAAUAAAACGCAUUUUCAAGACUUUUCGUUUAUUUGAAAGUA